AAGGAGCUGAGUUCUAAUGACCCCGAGGGAGGCGACAAAGAAGGCGCGGAGCUGAGGGAGGAGAGCAGCGGGAGCGAGCGCCUGACGGCGAGGUGGCGAGCCCAGCGCCGGCCCGGGCGCUGUGCAGACUAAGGCGGGUCUCAGAGCUGAAGAGUUACCUGGGCGCCUGUGAAAACACAAGUUCGGCGCCCCCCUCCCUCCCGCGCCGAGAUUCUGGUGCGCGUGUUUGGAGUCGGCCCAGGGAUAUGCAUUUUUGUUCCGCACGCGGGCACUUCUGAUGCACGUUUUGAGGAAGUACUGAAAUGUCACUUAAAUUAAAAAGGCAAGCUCUAACUCUACCACAAUCCCUCCCAGGGAAACUUCAUUUGCCUGGAAGGACUGCUUCAAUAACCUGCUUAGGCUGGAGGCUGCAACACCCUCCUGUAAGGGAAAUCGGUUCAGAUACGGACAGGGCUUGAUAACACUGCGUGUCGGACGCUUACCUGGCCGGAGCUAAAUUGCUUCGGACUGAGCUCUGCUUCCAUCAGUACAGCACCUUUCCUCACCGUAAUCCCUGGCUUGUUGUCUCAAAGAAGAACUAUGUAGAAAAUAACAAGUUAGAAAGGUCACCACUUUUAGAAUCGCCUGAGUAGAACUAAAGGUGUCUCUAAUCCGAAGGAAAUCUAUUUUAAAGAAUAUGCAAAUGACUUGCAUAUAGAUUAGAUAUAUGAUACAUUCAGGAAUGCUAGCAAUCUCUUUUCCAUCUGUGUGAGUGAAGGAGUUGGGAAGACGCCCUCCCCCAAGCCUCAUCAAUCAGAAUGAGACUUAGAAUAAAAAUAACGAAGUGGGCCCUUUUCCCUUUUGUGGCCGUCGCUGAAGCGCCAGCGGCCGAAAUGAAGUUCAAUCCCUUUGUGACUUCUGACCGAAGCAAGAACCCGAAAAGGCAUUUCAAUGCGCCUUCCUACAUUCGCAGGAAGAUUAUGUCUUCCCCUCUUUCUAAAGAGCUGAGACAGAAGUACAAUGUCCGAUCCAUGCCCAUCCGGAUGGACGAUGAAGUUCAGGUUGUACGAGGGCACUACAAAGGGCAGCAAAUUGGCAAAGUAGUCCAGGUUUACAGGAAGAAGUAUGUCGUCUACAUUGAACGAGUGCAGCAGGAGAAGGCUAAUGGCACGACUGUCCAUGUGGGCAUUCACCCCAGCAAGGUGGUUAUCACCAGACUAAAACUGGACAAAGACCACAAAAAGAUCCUCGAACGUAAAGCCAAAUCUCGCCAAGUAGGAAAGGAAAAGGGCAAAUAUAAGGAAGAAACAAUUGAGAAGAUGCAGGAAUGAAGUAAUCUUGUAUACAACUUUCAUUAAAAACUGUUAAAAUGAAAAAAAAAGAAAAAAAAAUAAUGAAGUGGAAUCCUCUGUAGAGAGAGCAGCCCUUGAAGACUAAUGUCACCGAUUUGACCAGUGUCACUCAUGUUACCCAAGGUAGGAGAGAAUUCAAAGUCUUGACACGAUAAUGGAGGCCCGCUGAUUUCAAGGGCUGACCUUGAGAACUGAGCAUAUUUAAGCUUUUUCUUAAAUAUGUUUAGACUAUAUUAUCUCCCAAGAAAUGGAAUCUGAAGGAGGCUCAUACCCCUGUCCCCACCCCUCCCGCCCAACCGGACAAGCACUCACAUCCCCUGUAAGGCCUGUGGCAGAGCACUCAACUCAGACCAGGGUCACAGUUCAGGACCACCAGACCCAGCCUCGGGUUGUACAGCAAAAGCGGGAAGGAUUCUGAGAGGUAGACUUCGAGAUUUACUGAAGGAAGUGCCAGUGGUUUUUCCGGGCAG